AUACCUAUUGACUUUUGUCAUGUUGGAAGUUUCAAAGUUGCAGGAAUCUAUCCAGUUGUUUAGUCCGUAUACCUGUUUUUAUUCGUGAUGUUAUAAUAAAUAAAAGACCAAUGUUGUUAAUUAUUGUAAUAGGAAAUGUUAGUUUGUUAAGAAUCAGCAUCUGAUAGAAGGAAGUGAUAGCUAAAACUCAACAUGUCUCGCAAUAGAUGUGAUGGUCUUCUUGCGAAGGUUGAUUUUCCCCUCUACACUCUGCAGACCCUCACGAAUCGUCAUGUAAUCAUAGCUGGUGGUGGUGGAGCAUCGAAUACAGGCGUCGCGAAUGGAUUUGAAAUAUUUGAACUCUCGCACAAUGGUACCAGAUUUGUGGCAGAAGAAGUAAUGAGGCAUGAAACCGGACCAAAUGUAGUGAUGAAUUGUGCAGUUCGUAGUGUACAGAAUCGAAUAUACCUGGCAGCGGGGCAGGAGAGCCACUGUCAGCUGUACAAAGUGAACAUACGGAUGGUGGAUGCUGCGGAGAUGAGGCGAGGCAGUUUUCGCGCGGAAAAUGGUCUCGUACGUCGUCGUCGCCGCACGGUUUCCGAGAAUGAUAAUAUUUCUAAAAUGGAUAGCAAUUGUAACACAACUGAGAAGAGAAUAUCAUUCGAAAUCCGGCCUAGUGAUAGUGUGCAAACUGACUUUGGAGAGGAUCCCUUACAGCGAGUGGUGACAAUAUGUCCAAAUGGUAAACUGAUGGCCACAGGCGGUGUGGAUGGAAAAGUCAGGGUUUGGAGUUUUCCACUAAUGCAGUUGUUGUUUGAAUUACAAGGCCAUACUAAAGAGCUAGACGACCUAGACUUCAGUCCCUGCGGCAAGCAGCUGGUCAGCAUAGCGAAGGACGGGCAGCUGCUUGUGUGGAGCACACAUGGAGUCGCACCACCGCUACGCAAGAUCACCUGCACCCCGCCGAAUGGGAACAAGUAUCUGUUCCGACGGUGCAAGUAUGGCACGAUAGAAGACAAGCCGGACGAGUACAGGAUGUUCACAAUCGCUAACCCGCUCGCGCGCUCCGGCAAGCAGCGCGGGCUACUGCAGCUGUGGGCGAGCGGGGCCAGCAUGGGUGCAAGCGGGGCCAGCACGGGUGGCGAAGCUGCGCGUGCGGUGUUAUGUGGCGAGUCGCUGUCCGCGCUGGCGGUGCGGGAUGACGGCCGGUAUGUCGCUGUCGGCACCAUGUUUAGCGGCUCCGUGGAUAUAUACAUCGCGUUUAGUUUGCAGCGCGUGGUGCACGUGCCCCGCGCGCACCGCAUGUUCGUCACCGGGCUGGCCUUCCUCCCCGCGCGGGGCUGCGAGCGGGGGGAGGGGGGCGGGGGGGGCGGAGUCUCCCGCGCGAUCGCCUCGCGCUCGGACGCCGCCCUGCUCUCCAUAUCCGUGGACAACUGCCUCUAUGUGCACACGCUGCCGAGGAGGGGUACCAUGCCAGCUUGGAUCGCCAUUGUCUUGAUAAUCUUCGUACUGUUCUGUACCUUCUGUUUAUGUUCUUAUUUAGGUAUAUAACAUUGUAUUUAUAUUAAUUUUAUUUCCGUAUGUAUAAGUUCCUCGGGGCUAGGUUAGGUUUAGGCAAUCCGGUGUAAAUCGUGCUCAUAAUUUAUCAUUUAUGGUUAUAUAUAGAAUCAAUUUAAUUAAAUGAAUUACAUAUUUCAGUUA